AAAAACCCCCUUCUCCUAUUGGGCUUCUGUUUCGGCCCAUAGAAUAAUAGGCCCAUAAUUGAAAAAGCGGGAAUUUGAAAUUGAAUAGAGAGCGUGGAGUGUGUGGACGAAGACUCAGACACACACAGCAUGACGGAAAUGGAGGAAACGGUGUCUCGCAUAAUCUCCGAGCUAGAGGAUCUCCGUGGAAACCCGCAACCACCGCCACCACUCUCCGAACAAACCCUAAUGGAUCUUCAAUUUCUCCUCAAACACUCUCUCACAGAGACUCUCUACGAUGAGCUUCCAUCGAAGAAUCUCUCUCCGUCUUCUCUCAUUCCUCCCAUUGCUUCAGCAAUGGACUCUUCACCACCGCACCACUCUCUUCUCGCUUCCGACGUCUUCCUCUCGCUCCUCCUCGCUCCAAACGCACCCGUUUUUACACUCUUUACACCCAUUUCGUUUCUUUCUUUCCUCCGCUCCCUCCGCCGCUCCUGCAAGGCCCACUCCCACCCCGGCCCGGCCCAAGACAACUCCAUGAACCGGAAACGGAAGCGGCCGGGCCGCGGCCGGGCGAGUAAUCCCCAAAACGACGACGAUUCGCCGGACACCGGUUCCCAACACGACCCCCGGGUGCUCCUCCGCGUGCUGGAGAAGCUAGUCAAAGUAAUGGGAUUGAUCCACUUGAACCGCUUCCCGGAGACUCUCAAGUCCCUGAUUCAAACCGUGGCUGAAAUCCCCGUGACCUCGCUCGAUACGUGCGGGAACGCGGCGGUGUAUAGCAGAUUGCUUAGCCUGUGUUCGCACGUGCUGAAGGAAGUUCUCAAAUCUGAGCACGGAGAACCUUCCAACACUGCUGCCGAGGUGUUGAAAUCGCUGUGUUCGCUUGUUCUCAUGGCGAAGUCGCUGGCGAGGACAUUUGCUAUUGGAUUUGUCACCGGUCUUAGUAACCAAUGCGAUGGUGUGAAGAAGGCGCUGGUUAAUUUUCCGAGGUAUUUGGCCAAGAAGGCGCCGGAGAAGGCCGAGCCUAGAGCAUUGGCGGUGGACUCCAUCAUGGAGGUUGUUAAAGUUAUGGAAUUUGAUGAUCAAAUUGCGUUUGUGAAGUAUGUUGUGCAGAUGGCACAGGGGAAGUCGAAUCUUCGGCUUUUGGCGGUUGAUCUCAUUUUGAAUCUGGUGACGUCAUUGAGGGAUCCGUUGGGCGUGGAGAGUGAAGGGAGUGAGGCGUGGGGAGUGUGGUGCUUGGAGGCACUUGUGAAACGGUGUUCUGAUGUGAGUGGCGCAAUUCGGGCGCGGGCUUUGUCGAAUUUAGCGCAGCUGGUGGGGUUUUUGUCUCGUGGUGAGAGGACUAGUGCGGUUCUGAAGGAGUUUACGGGGUUUGGGAGGGUUGGUGAUGGGAAUGUUGGAGGUGGAAUGAAUGAUAUGCUGAGGAGGAGGUGUAUGGAUGAUAAGGCAGCUGUGAGGAAAGCUGCAUUGCUUUUGGUUACUAACUUGACUUCUCUUCUUGGAGGUGCAAUUGAUGAAGUGGUGCUCAAGACAAUGGGAAUGGCUUGUUCUGAUCCACUUAUCAGUAUGCGGAAAGCUGCAAUUACAGCUCUAUCAGAGGCUUUCAGAACAUUCUCUGCUGAAACAGUAAUAACUGAGUGGCUACGUUCAGUUCCGCAUUUAAUAACUGACAAUGAAUCAAGCAUCCAAGAAGAAUGUGAGAACAUGUUUAAAGAACUUGUUUUGGACCGGAUAUCUAGAGCUGCAACUGCUACUUCUUCAUAUAGUGAGCCUUUGUCUAAUAGAAAGAUGAAAGGAAAAGGUGUAGACAAUGAGAUGGAGAAGCUUUUUCCCAACGGGACUCUGUAUCUUCUGAGAGAGAUUUGCCAUGGGGAGGUGAGCCCUUGGGUGAAGAAAAUUUGCACAAAUCUGGGCAAAAAGAAACGUAUAAAUCACAAAAUUGUUACUGCACUUCAAAAUAUAAUCAGGGCAUCAGAAUCUAUAUGGCUAAGUCACUCCAUGCCAAUAGAAAAGUGGACUGCCCCACCAGGUGCUUGGUUUCUUUUGUCAGAGGUGUCAACUUUCCUUUCAAAAGUAGUAGACUGGGAGUUUCUUCAUCAUCAUUGGCAACUUCUUGACAAACAUGAAGUGGAAGGUGAGUUCAAAAGCCCAUUUGUACAAAGAAAUGCAUCUGCAGAGGAAGAAAGCAUAGAAUGCAAUCAUGUUGCCUGGGCCAGUGACCGAGUUUUCCUUCUACAAACAAUUUCUAAUGUUUCUGUGGAGCUUCCCCCUGAACCUGCAGCUGAUUUGGCUCAUAAUUUGCUCAAAAGGGUUUUACAAUUCAACAUGCAUUCAACAGAGGUUGAUGCUCAUUUAAAAGCACUAAAAACAUUAUGCAAACGGAAAGCUUCAAAUCUCGAAGAGGCAGAAGCAUUAGUCUUGAAAUGGUUCCACCAAGUUCUCUCCAGGGCUUCUGGAAUAAUAGAAAAAUUCAUUUCAGAGAAUUCAGAACAAAAUGCAGAAGGCAGCUUCUUCACUCCACCUAGAAGUGGGACUAGGAAAGGCAGGAAAUCAGUAGCAAAGUCCAAGGCAUUGUCUAAAGCAAUUACAGCGAUUUAUACAGUUGGGUCUUUAGUUAUUGUUUGCCCAUCUGCUGAUAUGAGCAAUGUAGUUCCUCUAUUGCAUACAAUCAUCACUUCUGGGAGUUCUGGUCCUAUAUUAAAUAAACUACCCGGCCCUUCAACUUCUUUACAACAGGAAGCUCCUUCUUUUUACAUUCAAGGGUGGCUUGCCAUGGGCAAGCUUUGCCUUGCUGAUGGGAAGCUAGCUAAGAAUUAUAUUCCUCUGUUUGUACAGGAGCUUGAAAAGAGUGGAUCUGCAGCUCUUCGCAACAAUAUUGUGGUCAUAAUGGCAGACUUUUGUGUCCGGUUCACUGCUCUUGUUGAUUGUUACAUAACAAGGAUCACAAGGUGUCUCUUAGAUCCUUGUGAACUUGUGAGAAGGCAAACAUUCAUAUUGCUUUCCAGAUUGCUGCAGAGGGACUAUGUGAAAUGGAGAGGAGUGCUAUUUCUUCGGUUCCUUUUGUCACUUGUUGACGAAUCAGAAAAGAUAAGGCAGUUAGCGGAUUUUCUCUUUGGAAAUAUUUUGAAAGUCAAGUCUCCUCUUUUAGCAUACAAUAGUUUUGUUGAGGCUGUUUUUGUUCUGAACGACUGUCAUGUCCAUAAUGGGCAUCGUGAGUCUCAAGGAUCACGAAAGGAAAGCCAAAUCUUUUCCAUCAGAGGUACUGAUGAAGAGUCAAGGUCUAAAAGAAUGCACAUUUAUGUUUCUUUACUAAAACAAAUGGCUCCUGAGCAUCUUCUAGCAACCUUUGCCAAGUUAUGUGCAGAAAUUCUAGCCGCAGCUUCUGAUGGUAUGCUCAAUAUAGAAGAUGCAACUGGACAGUCUGUUCUACAGGAUGCUUUUCAAAUUCUCGGCUGUAAAGAGAUACGCAUUUCAUCCACUCGUGCAUCAUCUGAGUCAGCAGAUGUAGAGGAGGAAGGGGGAGAAAAUGGAUCUGCAGCUAGAAGAAAGGCUAUAACUCAGGCAGUCAAGAAAGGCCUUAUCCAAAAUACAGUCCCCAUCUUCAUAGAGUUGAAACGUCUGUUGGAAACCAAGAAUAGUCCCCUCAUAGGUUCUCUUAUGGAGUGCCUCCGCAUUAUUCUAAAGGACUACAAGAAUGAGAUUGAUGACAUAUUGGUAGCUGAUAAGCAGCUGCAGAAAGAGCUUAUUUAUGAUAUUCAAAAAUAUGAAGCAGCAAAAGCUAAAGCAACAGUUGCUGAGGCUGUGGGCACCAAGCCAAAAUCAGGUUCAAAUCAAUUAGCUGAUGUUUCUAAGAAUCUGACCAAGACUCAAGAACAAACAGUUGGACAAAGCAGUAACGAGCUUCCAAGUGAUUCAAGAGUUGCUUCAGCAAUAGCAGACACUGCAGCUGCAGCAACAGCCCGUUCUGUGCUCAGGGAAAUAAACAAGGGGACGGGUACACCACCACUUAGUUCUUUGAGUGUUCCUAAAGUCAAGUCUUGUACUGGUAUGUGUAAUUCCAAAGAUAAGUGCAUGGAUGUCAUACAAUCUUUAAGGAAAAGACAGUCUUUUGAUUCUGAUGAAGAAAACUAACAUCAAAAUGUAUUUUUAAUUUUAGCAUUCCAAAAUUAGUUUUAUGUGGCAUUGGAGACUGAAAGACCUGUCUUUCCAGACAAGUAUGUUAAUGUAAAUAUAAUGGAAACUUGAUAUUUGAUAAGAACUGGUUUUUACUGAUAAAAGCUAAAAUGCAGAUUAGCUCCUUACAGGAACAGAAAGGUGAAGAAAAGGUUAUAGGCAAAAAUGCUUAGUGGUUUUGUUCAAAUAGAGUUCAAAAAUAUAGUUGGCCUAGCAAAUAGGAAUAUGCUUGUUCCUCACUAUGAAAAGCUACAAAACUUUGGAGUAGUGUCUAGUGAGCCUGAAGAUAACUUAACUCUUGCCUAUCCGUGUUUCAGUGAA